ACUAGAAAGGAACAGCACCUUUCCUUCAGAUCUCUCCAGUGCGUUGUGUGAGGUUUCCCUCCCACCGGAAAUCCUUGCUCUCUGGCGGGCAGAGCUGGUUGCGGAGGACAGGGCUGUUACAGUGCAGGCCAGCUGCCCCGGGGGAAUGAAGACUGCGGCUUCCCCAGGGGCUCUGGAGAGAGUGGGGCGCAGGCACCCGGCUGUGCAGGUUAAACUUGAAACUUCAUCGGUUUGCUUUUGCACUGUUUACCGGGAUGAACCUCAACACAAAAUACUGGUUUUGGUUAAUCCCCGGGGCACAAAGACAGUCGUAGCUGUUUACUUGAAGGAAUCCUGGUGGUCCUUGGAAGAUGUGCUCAGAACCUCUGACCCUGCAAGAGAAGGCCUUAGGAAGGUUCAGUCCUUUGGGGAAAGGAUUGUACUUUUCAUUCUGAAUGUCAUUAUUUUUGGAAGAUUGGAGAGAAAGUUGGAUGAUGAUGAUAUGUUUUUUUUACCUCACUCUGUGAAGGAGCAAGCUAAAAUUCUGUGGAAAAAUGGAGCAGCCGUUGGAUUUUAUACAGUCAAAUUGAAAGGAAGUCUGUGUAGCAAGAGCACCGGUGCCUGCUAUCUGUUGCCUGUCUUCGAUACUGUGUUCGUCAGAAGGGCACACCGCCGCCAAGGCCUGGGAACAGCCAUGCUGAGGGACUUCUGUGACACCUUCCCCAGAGACGAGGCCUUGGGAGUCAGCUCUCCAAUUUCUCCUGCCAUGUUCCAGGUCUGCAGGCACUUCCUGUUGGCCUGUCCCGAGCAGCGGGGGCGCCUGUGGGAGGUGAAGGCCCCUGGGACCUUGGACCAGCGCAUCAACAUCUGGCUCCAGAUUCAGCUUCAGCAGGAGCACUGCCUUGGAGAGGAAGUAGAAAAUAAGAACGAUCAGGAAUGUGGAGCGAAAGAGGAGGAGGCCGGGCUGCCCGUGAGACUGCUGACCUGAGGGAUCUGGAAGGGAAGGAAGCCAUGGGCUGGGGGUGCUCGCCGUCCUGGUGGAGGUGGUGGGGCUGUGGUGAGAGCUCUUCCAACUCCCACCUCCUAACUCCCAGCUUCUGUGGCUCUGAGCCUCCGGUGUUGGAGGAGACAAAGGCCUCAGGCCCUGUGGACUUUUGACUUCCUCAUGGUGCUAGCUCCAGGACUAGAACAGCCGAGAAAGUGCUGGUUUAAGAGUGAGCUCUCUUCAGGGGGGAGUG